UUUACAAAAACAAGAGUUUCACUUUCAAAAAUAAAGAAGAAAUUUAAUGAAGAUGACGCAGUAAUUUUAGAAGCAACAUUGGUCAAUUCUUCAAAAACACUGGAAAGCUGUGUAGUUCAGUCUAGAUCUAAUAAUGAAGCCGAGGACAAUCUUGCUCAAAAUCGCCUGGAUUAUCUUGACGAACAAGUUAAUUUAAUUGAAUGUCAAGAAACUUUUAUUCAUGAAGAACCAGAAGAAUCAAAAUCUGCAAAGUCAGACUGGACACGAAGAACUAAUGAGAUUUAUAAAGACUGGGCUGCUGUUAAACAAGAUUUUUUAGAAGCUUUCGUGUCUUCAAAAUCAUUUGCUACUUCUUGGUGUGCGGACUGUCAAGCACCACUUCUGCAGUGCUACAUUUCCUGUGACAAUUGCCGUAUGAAGAGAUGUGAGAAAUGUGAUCAAGCUUUUCACAAAUGUCAUCCUUUUCAUCUGCGUACUUUCUACGAAAAAGAAAUUUCAAGGAUUCUCCUACCUGAACAAUUUAUUUUGUCUGGCCAAGUUGUUGCCUGUGAUGUUCCAGUUCCAUGUUUCCCAGUAAUGUUCAGCUGCCAAACACGUGAUUGCUUAACUGCUUUCUCAUUAGCAGCUGGUAAAAGGAGAGUAGUCAUCAUCACAGAACGAGGAAGAUUUGACCUUCAUUCUUGCGUAUUCCAGUGUGCUACAUGUGGCGAAAAAAAGGAUGCCAACGAGGCGGAUUAUGUCGUGUCUGGCUGGUGGCCAACGUUAGCAAGAAACGGCUCAUAUUUUGUAUCUAGUACAUUACUUAAAAUAUAUAGCGCUGCGUGUAUACAUAUACCGGGACACGAGUAUAAUAGUUCCAAGUAUACAUUGGAUUUAGCAAGAUUUUGUUUGCUAUUGGCACAUUUCGAAAUCACGUUCCAAAUCCGUUUCCCCAUCACAGAAGAGAUCAAUGAUUUUUGGAGACUUUCUGGAAAAUCAGCAUAUCCUUGGAUGACGUCAAACUCUUGUUUAUAUCGAUACACCUUUCUUGUUGGAUGGAAUUCACCCAAAAAUGAGACGCCGACGUUAGAAUGUUCUUAUACGGCAUUAGAGGGCCUCAUCAAAUCGUGAACCUUGGCCUUUUUU